AACAAAAUGGGUGCAGCGCUGGAUACACCGACGAAGUGUCCUGUCUGUAACGACAUGACCAGGGACCCCGUCACCCUGAAAUGUAACCACCGGUUCUGCCAACGAUGUAUCGGAGACUUGUGGAGCGUUACCCCGAGCGGACCGUUCCACUGUCCGGAGUGGAGGUGUAAAGCUGUGUACCAGACUCUGCCGUUUAAUUUCAUUCGGAAGCCUCCGGGCCGCAGCACUGCAGGUACACCGAGCACAUCCAGUAAUACACAACACACUACACUUGACUCAGACCUGAGGAGGCCCUCAGUCACCGGUCGACUCCUUGGGAAGAGAAAGGCCAGCACGCCAGUUUCAGAGGAACAUGUUGCAAAGCGAACAGCUGUGGAGUCUCCCUCUGAGCGGUCCGGUGACACUCGGUCUUCCUCCACUUCUCUGUCAGACAAACCCGGGCAGUCGACCGCCGUAGGGACAUCUACAAACGCAGCUGACCCAGAAUCGGUACAGUUUGAACGUGGUGAUGGCACAUCCAACAGUGAGAACUCUGACAGCAAAGUACCUCCAAGCGAUGGGCUUCAAGACAUCUCAAUCACGCAGAACCAGCGUAAAUCUGAAUUACCGUCUGACUCUGACAGCUCCAGUGAAGUAGAUUUGUGUGAUACAUCUUCCUCUGCAACCCCCAAGAAAGGUUUCUGUGUCACAGGAACCCACGUCUCACCAAAGAAACCUGCCUCGCCUGCCAACUCUGAUUGCAAACCUGGGAUCUCCACUCCAGGGAAAAUUUCAAGCCCUGCACAGCAAGCCAGCAAGAUACCUUUGAUAUUCUCCAAAAGUCCUGCAGCUGCUUCAGGAUCCUCUAACCGUGUUGGCGUCUUCCUCACGCCAGAGAACAAGCACACAGGUCCUGUCUCUUGUCAUUACUGCCCUAAAACUGAGCGUCAGCCAGCAGUGAAGACCUGUCUGGUGUGUGGAGCCUCCAUGUGCAAAGAACACCUCCAGCCCCAUCUGGAAUCGGUGGUCUUCCAGAAUCACACCCUGGUUCCUCCCGUGGAGGACAUUUCACUCUGGAGGUGCCAGGAGCACCAGGAGAUAAACCGCAUCUACUGUCGACAGUGUGCAGUGUGUGUGUGUACUGUUUGUACUGUCAUAGGCUGCCACCGCAACCAUGCCUGCAUCAGCAUCAGGGAGGCGGAGAUGGAGCUCCGGGCCAACUUGAAGGAAGACAUGAAGCAGCUGCAGGAUGCUGAACAGCAAGUGAAGAGCAGAGUGGCUGAACUCACACAGAAGAAAGAAACGUUCAGAGUAGUUUUAACUGAAGCACAAGAAGGAGUGAAGCAGCAGUACAGAACCAUCAGAGAGGCUUUGGAGCAGGAGGAGCAGUCAGCUCUUGAGUGUGUGAUGAAGGAGGAGAACAGGGUCCUGGGGAGUCUGGAGAAGGACCUCUGCAUCCUCCAGAGCUCCCUGCAGUCCAUCCAGAGCAGCCUCCACACUCUGGAGGGUCUGGCUGAUGCCAGGGGAGAGCAACGUGUUCAGGAUCAGGCCUUCAUCAUGGAAUACAGCAGCGUCUCUCAGCUCGAUGUGGGGAAUAUUGUAGAGAAGUUGAAGGGUCCAGAGGAAUUGGACCAUGCUAGACUCAGCUGCCUGGAGAAGUGGACAGAAAAACGUCUGGAUGCGGUUGUCAUCACCAUGCCUGGCAAAGACAGAGACCUCUACAGACUCCUCUAUGGCACCGUUCCUGUCUUGGAUGCAGAUACAGCCCACUCGAAGCUGCAGCUGUCUGCAAACAACAGGAGGGUGGUCUACAGCGACUCCCAGCAGGCUUACUCAGAGCACGAGGCUCGCUUCAGCUCCUUCCCGCAGGUUCUGGCCUCCUCUGCCUUGGAGGGAGGGCGCUGGUACUGGGAGGUGAUGGUGUCCGCAGACGACGGCCGCUGGAAGGUGGGGCUCUGCGAGAGUCAGAUAGAAAGGAAAGGCCAGAAGGACAGCUCUCGCCUGGGGUUCAACAGCUCCUCCUGGUGCCUGGCCUAUGACCGAAGGAAGGUGGAAGCUCUGCACAACAAGGAGUCCGUUUCUGUGAAGGCAGACGGGCUGCAGAGACUGGGAGUGUUCCUCGACUUUGAAGAGGGCAGUUUAUCGUUCUUCAGUGUGACACCAGGGGGCAGUCUCGCUUUACUUCAUUCUUACAGGCAGGAGUUUUCAGUCCCUUUGUACCCGGCGUUCUCUGUGUCUAAAACUCACCUGACCAUCUGUGAUCUGUUCACAUCAUAA